GUGUCACGUGACGGAUGACGUCGUCAUGGCGGCGGACGGAGCAUCUAGCAAAAAAAAGAUGGCGCCGAGUGAAAGCCAUCCGUAAGAACGAUGUUACGCGAAGCUCUGCGCUGAUCCGUAUCACCUGGCGCGCUUGAAUGCCUCUACCGAGCCGCAACUGUCGGCGAUUCCGUGCUGCACCAUCGGCCGGCGCGGUCGGUUGCCUAGUCGUCUCCGGAACCACGGAAACAGCCCAGUUGUGGUAGUAGCAGCGUCGGCGAGUAAUAAAAAUAACAAGCGCCGCUUUGUAUCCCUUUCGGCGUCUACGACAUGGCGGGUCGCGGAGCUAUCAAGUCCCAGCCGGGCUCGGCGGCCUGCUCCUACGAAGGAUUUGACAAGCUGACCAGCAGUACGUUGAAGAGGCACCCAAAGAUGGAACUAAACAAAACUGAACUUCUCAAGCUACUCAGCGUGCUCGAGGGGGAACUCCAGGCUCGAGAAAUUGUGAUCGCCGUACUGAAGGCCGAGCAGGUGAAGCAGCUCCUGUACCCGCGCAAAGCUGGCGCCAACGGGGCAGCGGGCAGCGACCCCUGGGCAGCCCUGCAGCGGGACGUGCUCAACGCCUUCGACAAGCGCUUUGACGUGACCUCGGUGCGAGCUCUACACGGCCUUCAACUGCAUCACUUGGAGCAACUCAUCGCGUUGCACCGGCGGGUACUGGCUCGCAACCGGGAGGAGCUCCGAGCUUUGGAACAGCGCUGUGCAAAGCUGUGCCGAGAGCUGGAAGAAGAGAGAGGAAAGCGGAUGCAAGACACGGCCCAGGGUGACAAUGUGACCUUUCUGCUAGAAAAAGAACGUGAGCACCUCCGCCACGAGGUGGACCUCGAGAGGCAGCAGAGCCGGAGGCUCGAGAAAGAACUCCAGCAGGCAAACGAGGCGCUCGAGAUGGAGCGUACUCGGCAGAAGCAGAUGGUGUUGCUCCUCCUGGGCGAACGGAAGCGGCUCAUUGUUCGGCUAAUCCAGGAACGGCAACGGGGGGACCAGCUUCUGCAGAGCUUAAAGGACGAAAAGGCACGCUCAUCCGAAAUGGUGGAAGGUCUGGAAGAGGAGAGUAAACGAUCGCUCCAGAUGGAGGAGGAGCUCGAGCGGCAAGCAGCAGACUUCGAGCUGGAGAGGGAACGUUUCCAGACGCAGGUGGCAGAACUGAAGGCCCAGAACGCUCAGCAGCAAGCGGAGCUGGAGCGGCUACGGCAAGAGGCCGAACGCCUGGUUCCGCCCCCAGCACCGGCGCCCCUCGGAGAGGGGGUCCGCAGUGCCACCAUCAUCACCCCCGCCAGCGCACCUGCACCCACCGUCAGAGCCGCGGUCCCCACUCCUACCCCACCCCGGGGCGUAGCUGUGGGACCAAAGGUCCCGCCCUCUUCUACCAAGGCCACACCCCCGACAGUGCCACAGGUGCCACCCAAGCCGACUCCCGACCGAACACUGGUCAAGAAGCCGGGAGUGCCGACGGCGCCCGGCACACCCGGCAUAGUGUCGGCGACCGGGACCGUUCUGAGGCCCACCCCGCCUCCUGUUCCGCCCAACAAGCCCGUGCUCCAGCGCAAGGACCUGGGACCGAAACCCCCCGUGCCGCCCCGCACGGUGCCAGACUCAACAACUCAGGGUGGCGUGCAGAGGUGAUAAAUUGCUGGGACCACGCUUCUCUUUCGCUACGUCCCUUUCUUCCCACCUGUCCGGCAGCUCAGCGCAUACAAAACACAAGUGCAGCAGAGUGAAUGCCUUCGGAAUAGUCUCGCUUGCGGGUUUGGACGCUUCUGGCGGAUGCUUUGUGGCCCCCCCCAUCCUAUCCCCCUCGCUGUUGCUGCUGUUGCCACUCCUUCCGCGCACCUGCAGUCUGGUCAUGUAGUCGUCAACGACGCAGAAGACGAGAGAAGGUAGUGGCACAGACGAGUCUAUCGUGACGAGGGUUCUGGGAGGCCCUGAUUGACGUAAACGGUGUGAAAGGGGCGUCAGUUGUGAGUGUUAGGCUUGGCUGGCAUGGUGUCCCUGACGUAAAUUGCAAAACGGUGACAAUUUUCCAGACUGAGUGGCUUCGAUGAUUCCAGGAGAGCGAUGGAUAAGCGAUAGCUGAGGUGGUAACGUAGAUUUGGAUUCCCGAAGCAGCUCUGUGCGAUGUCACAGCUUCUGGCAACAUCCUGCCUAGCCUAGGAUUGUCAUUUACAUUUUAAAAUGGCACUGUAUCCCCGUGGUUACAGCAGCACCGUAACGGAACACUUCGGACAGUUCUCAGAAGAAUAAAACGCGUUGCUGUUAGUGUCCAUUCAAAACAGAAACCUUUUAUGGCAGGCUUAUGGACUGUGUGGGCUGCAUAGAUCCUCAUUCAUGUAAUGGGUUGCAUGCUGUUUGAAAUGCAAAUGCUUUGUGCAACUGCCUUGGUGAGCUAUUAUAGUUUUGCUGUAUGUGGAGCAUGAUUUCAAUCAUAAUUUGAUGUGCAUUCUCAAGCUUCUACUUUCACGUGAAAAUUCGCAUUAAUUUUGCACGAAUCAAAUAUUGGCUCGCUGAUCGUGAAUAAGGGUAAGACGGAUCUGGGACCUUAUGAGUUCUUGGAGUAAAGUUAGCUGGAUUCGUGAAUAAACCACAGAAGCUGCGACAUCGCACUGUGGCACCUUCAAUGUAGCAGUUUGUACUUAGCAUUGAUCUGAUGUUCUCAUGUAUCUGCUUUCCCACCAAACGAACACACGGAAAACUUCAAACCACAACGCGCCUGUCAAGCUCAAUUCAGUAUUCAACGUAAGCGUCGCUUCAAAAAACACCAUUGGCUGUGGCAGCAUUUUUUCUGCUUACAUGGGUGGCAGGAGAUGCAGCACAUACUUUGAGCCAGCUGAUGCUUCUCGGGGAGUGAAAUGAGAGUUUAGCUAGCCUGUACACCGCGUAAAGUUGUCUAUACAUUUUAGGGUAUGAUUUUGCCAUGCAGCUAUUGUGUCCAGUCACUUGAAAAUUUUUUUUAACAUUGCACAGCCAGUAGUUCGCUUUGAAGAGCACUAAGAGGCACACAAUUGAAACUUGGGCAUGUUGGUAACCAUCCGUGUCAAGGAAGAAAGCUAAACAAAUUUAGAUGGCAGAUGCAUGUGGAGUAAAAUGAGGGUAUGACUGACUUUUAUGCCCUUUAAAGUUGUCUACGCCUUUCAGUGUCUAGCUUUGCCGCACAGCAGUUAUUGCCUUCAGUUGUGCAAAUUUUUUAACAUUGUUCAAGUGGUACUUUGCUUUCAGUAACAGUUAAAUAAACCAGAAUUGCGAGUCGGGCUAGUUUGUUAGCAUUCCUGUCAAGAAAACAGCAAUAUGAUAACGAUACAAGUAGACUGAACAACAGUAGUGAGUAAAUCGGGCCAAGUUGGUCGAUAUUCAUUGUACGCAAGGCAGUGAAGACCACAGGACAAGUGCUGCUGUGCUAUUUUUACAAGCGAUGAACAAGCUCUAGUCGUACUGCUUCUAUCCGCUUAAAUAAUGGCUGCACCUGCUUUAUUUUCUUUUCUGCUAAAGGCUGCUGAUGUGCUCAUAACGUUUGCGCAAGCAUUGGCCAGGCAGUGUUCAAUUAUUAAGGGAAAAAAGAAACGAAAUAUAUAAGUCCAAUGUGGUGGGAGAACUUCACGUCUUGAAGCCGGGUGGUUAACAGAAUACGUAAUUAAGAAAUCUGCAGUGUGAGUAGGAAUGGCAUGGCAUUGUAAGUGCAGACUACAAUUAUUGCAUAACGGUGCACUCGAUUAGCGAGGAAUACGUGCUACACUCUUUAUCGAGUCUCCAGAGCAGGCUGCAGCUUUUCAAACCUUUCUGUCUUUUCAAAAAUUUUUGUUGUUAUGUAGUGCCACAUAAAAAAAAAAGAUUUGUCUUCGCGCAGUAGUCACCGUUAGACAAGGAAGGCGCAUGUAGACGCUGUAACCUCUUGUGGGGUGUCUACGUACAGUUCAUAUUGAGCAUUGUCCAAACCAUUACUUACCAAUACUCCCUCGUAGACGACUCGUGCAGCGCACGUCUAGAUUCACUGCAGGCACACCUUUCGCGCUGCGUACGUCUAGAUUCAUUGGAGAGCACGAUUUUUCGAGUCGCGUGUUGUGCAUUGGUGGUUUGUCGCCACGGCCAACACCUUCAGUCAUGCAGCUGCUCUUCGACCACCACAUUUUGUAAGUGUGUUUUUUCAAAGCUCGUCUGUAGUGAGUUGCGUGAAUUUCGUGCCGCGUGCAUUUGUAAGUGUAUAGCGAGAGUAUUUCUAGAGGAAAUUAGAAAAAAAAAAAUGAACUUAGUACGUUCUGCAGCUGUCAAAGAAAGGGCUCGUUCGAGUGCACGGAGGGCCCCUCUGGACAAAUGGCAACCUGUGGCAGCUUUCGCGUGAGGAACGAAGAUUAGCUGCACGAUGUUGGAUUUUACUUCACUAAGACCUAGACGAGAGUAGGUUGAGCUUGUGUGGUGUUGUGGAGGGCAGCACUUGAAUGACGAGUCAUCAUAGUGCCGCUUUACCUUAUGCUAUUGUGCUGUAACUGUUUGUGUGUAAUAUACAUGAAGUGAGAGUGUAACACCACUGUUUGCUAGGAUACCCCGACUGUCUUGUUGAAAAGAGAGUUUGCUUUAUUGUACAUACACCAGCCUAAUGCAGUGAUGGGAGUUCUCUGUUGGAAGACGUUUGUAUUCUGAAAGUGUACCGCUGAUGUGAAUGUGCGGUCGGCGCUGGCUUUGCUAUGGCGUCACGUUAGCUCUCAGUAUGAGCGAAUUCAAAUUUUUUCUUGUGUUAUGAAAGACUUGAAGUGAGCACUCGAACAGACAAUUUCUUUUACAGGCCCUGCUUGUUUUGUUUAAACAGAUUUUUUGGUGCACUUGCAUUGCUUGACAGGUUUUAGCAGAAGAAAAAAAAAAGCGAUUUCACUUUCGAACAACCUCAACUUUGUGCAUUUUUCAGUGACACUGUAUGCUUACUAGAACAUAUCCGUGAUGCGGCAUCUACGCGUGAGCCUGCAUUUUUACUGUACAGGAUAUCACUGUGCUGGUUGUUCAGUGGUGUUUCACUGUUGAGGCCUAGUCGAAUCAAAGUGACGAACAGCACAUGGCAUUGUGAGGCUGUUGCCAUGCGAGUUUGCCAGUCAGAAGCGCCUACCAAAUGGAACAUCGCACUUUGGGGUCCCUCUAAGCACCUUCAUUCGUGCUAAUUGUGUUAUCUAACUUAUUUAACGAGGCAUCGCCUCUUUGCUGCACACCCGCCAUUUAAUGCAAUUAACUACAUUGUGUGAUUGUGCGUUCUACAGGUACUGUUGCCAGCAGAGUUAUUUAGGAACACCUAAGUGUAUUGUGUGUGCGUUUGUGCAGAAUGUAUCCUGGGUGCACGUGAAGGGCACAAGCCUGUCUUUUUAGUGUUUCUCUUUAUGCUGAGAGGUAAAAGGCCAUCGCAGUGGAAGUAACACAGGCAUGCCAUACACUUCGAGUUCACGCACCGCAUCGUCGCGCUACCUUAAUUCUUGCCAGCUUUAUAGCUAUGCACUUCGCGAGUGUCGUCGAAGCACACUAGUUGAUGGGAAUCGUUGCACCUAGUUUAAGACAGAGGUCCAGCUAAACAGACCUUGUCGUGGCUUGGAGGAAAUGUCGUCAAGCGUUCUGCAAAUGGUGCGAACGCUUGUUCCAGGCACGUUUUUCUCGCGUUUCGCGCAGCAAAAAUGCGCUUAGUGGGAGGAAAGUAUCUGCAGCUGUACCGUGUACUUAAAACAGUGCCAAAGUUUGCACUCGGCACUACUCGUCGUCCCCAAAAGCGUGAUGUCCGCUGUAGGACUUUGCACACCUCACUGCACCCGCAUUUUCCCGGAAGCUUGUGUGGCUGGAAAGUCUUCCAACUUAGACCUCUGUAGCAGGAGACAGCGCGACGAUUCUCUCGCGUCACCGGAGCCUCGGGUUCCGACGUUCGGCCGCAUCCCGUCUCCGCGUGUUGUUCCGUUUGAUCGCGAAUGAUCCCAUUACAAAAUGCGCCGCUGUGAUGAGUAUGUGAACGUUCAUUUUCGUUCGUAUCGAAUUUUUCUUGCUUAGAAACCGAGGCGUGCGGCACACGUAUCUUGUCAGAUCGAUGGCCCUAGAUCCCAAGUUCGUAGUUGGCUUUUAUCGUAAACAUGUGGCUGCUUAGUUAGAAGAACAGAUAGGCAUGACAUAAAGAACAAGCUCCUGUGUAGCUACGCAGUGCAAUGCACUAACGCACAGGAUUUCAACUAGCCCAACCAAUGGAUUGCUUAACUUUAGUGUCUUCUGUUGUCUCGCAAACAAGCACACUCAGUAGUUAACAGCUAGUACUACCGAAUGCAGUUACAUGUUUGAUAUCUGAAGUUUCAGAUGGAAGCUUUCAGAUGCCCCACAAGUUGGUUUGGGUCUGUGCAGACAUGUUGACGCAUUAUCGAUUCAUAGCGGCAGCUCAUCGUAAUGGUUGAGUGCAGCUUUUUUUUUUUUUUUUAGUUGCACAUCCAGCAGUCUCCUCAGUGAACACACUUCAAAAUGUUGCUAGUCAGCUCCUGUUGUGGGCACAAGCAUGUUUCAUGUCUUAUCGUCUUAAAUCAGUUCAGCCAUCUUAAACUAGCGCAGAGUUGUACGUUGAGAAGUCACCCGAUGUACCUUGGUUAGCUGCAGUUGAAACAAAUUCUCACAAGUCUGUUGCGCGGCAACAGCUCAGUGUGAUUAUAAAGUGGUACUGAACAGCCAUGUCAGUGAGACGAAUCAUGAAGCGCACUACGUCAAGAGCCAGCACAGUAGGCAGCUGCAAACAGAGUAGACAUAGGGCCGCUGUUAAUUGCGAGUGCUGCACAUAAUAUUUGAUGUAUUGAUUUUCGUCGUAUGCGACCCUUGACAUCCAAAUUCAGCCAUAUUUAUGUGAGCAUUCUGGCAGCGUUUAGACCAUAUCAUGCUCACAUGACCGUAGAACUAAUUUACGGUUACUUCAGGCAUCGUAACUUGGCAGAAGCUGUUAGACAUCGACGAAUUCUAGGCUAAUACAGAUUCUGAGGUUGCGUGAUUAAAAGAUGCUGUGAGUGUAUAUAAUCAGAAGAGAAUAUCAUCAUGCUACAUCAAGUGCUGAAUAGUGUAUCUGUACUAAGUUUAAAAAGAUAAAAACACUUAAUUUUUGCAGUGUCAGUGCACUUCCAAACACUGCUCGGGGGUGACAUCGGAAACGUAGAGUCGGUGGUGUCCUGAGUCACACAUAUAAGAACGUUAGACAAGUGUAUGUGCUUUUCAUUUUGCCACUGAUGUGUGAGCUUUGUGGGCAUUUGCCAUGUGGAAAUAAAUGCCUGAAUUAUUUACUACCACACAUUGCAUCACCUGCACUUAAGCGACGUGUGUAAUAAUUGAAAACUCAACGGUCAAAGUUCUUUUUCGUGUUCUUGUCUGAUGGCCCAGGGCCACUUUCCCAGUGCUUUGUGAAUAUGCAUUUGCAAAUGUGUUUUUGUUUUUCUUUCUACGAGUCAUUUGCGGGCUUUGUAAAACGAAACGUGAUUUGCUUGUCAUUACAAGAAAAGGCAGCUCUGAAGCGUCUUCUUGUACAGAGCUUUUUAAACAAACGUAAAGAGUGUGUGUUGCUGAUGAUUGUACACUGCAUCACUAUUUUUGUUUUGGAAGUUGCUUUUGUUUUGCUAGUUUUAACGCGCUCAAUUGGCGCGCGCUGGCCGCCAUUUCCGAAGUCUGCUGAAGAUGGACCUGUGCCAUAUCACCGAGCGCCACGCUCUCAAGAGUCCGUUAUUGCAUUUCUUUUGGUUUGCAAGUUGAAGAUAGCAAUAAAAAAAAUGAUGUAAAAUA